AUUAUUUUUUUACCAAAUAAUAUGGAUAAUGAGAAAAUGAUGAAAAUGUCUAUGCCAAGUAUUGACAGUGUGAAAGUCGCAGUGCGGGUGCGGCCUUUCAGUCAGAGAGAGAAGAACUCUGGGAGCAAAUGUGUGAUUUCCAUGCAUUCCAGAACCACCACCACUAUACAGGACCCUAAGAAUCCAGAGCACGUGAAGACAUUUACUUUUGACCUGGCAUAUUGGUCUCAUGAUGGAUUUCAAAAGGAUAAAGAUGGUGUCCUUAUUGAUCCUAGUAGUAAAUUUGCAGGCCAGAGAGAUGUUUUUCUCGACCUCGGCAGGGGAAUCCUGGACAGCGCGUGGCAAGGCUAUAAUGCUACUCUGCUGGCCUAUGGCCAAACCGGCUCCGGCAAGAGCUAUUCUAUGAUUGGCUGUGGUGCCAACAAGGGUAUCAUUCCAAAGGUGUGUGAAAAGCUCUUUCAAGCAACUGCAAACCAGGAGAAAAAUCGAGAAUACCAGGUCACAUUCAGUAUGCUGGAGAUUUACAAUGAGCAGAUAAGAGAUUUGUUAUCUAGAACCAGAAAAAAAGGUGGGCUAAAAGUAAGGGAGGACCAGCAGCUAGGCUUUUAUGUGGAAGAUCUGAAAUCAGUGCCCUGUGAGAACUAUGCACAAAUUGAACGACUGAUGGAACAAGGAACAAAAAUAAGGACCACAGCUUCGACCAACAUGAACGCCAGCAGCAGCCGAUCCCAUAUGGUCAUCACCAUUCAGUUCAAGCAGGUUUUCCUGGACCGAGACUUCACCAAACAAUCCAGUAUUAAUUUGGUGGAUUUGGCAGGAAGUGAGAGGCAGAAAUCUUCAGGAUCCGAAGGAGACAGAUUAAGAGAAGGAUCCCGAGUUAACCUAAGUUUAACCAAUUUAGGAAACGUCAUCAGUGCUUUGGCUGAUGCAGCCAUGGGGAAGAAAGUCUUGUACAUUCCCUACAGAGAUUCUGUUCUGACCAAACUGCUCCAGUCAGCUCUGGGUGGGAAUAGCAGAACUACUUUGAUAGCAGCCAUAAGUCCUGCUGACAUCUGCUAUGAGGAAACUCUAUCAACAUUAAGAUAUGCUGAAAGGGCCAAAAAGAUCCGGAACAAAGCUGUGGUCAACACCUGGAGACUGAUGUCAGAGUCCAGGGCAGAGAACUACGAGCUGCUGGUCAGGUGUGGAAACUCCAGGAUGGCAGAGCAGCCAGCCUGUUUCCUGCCAGAACACCAGCUUGGGGCUCAUGCUAAUCAGGCAACCUGGGCACACCUGCUGGAGCAGGCGCAGAAAGAAUGGGAGCAGCAGUACGUGGCCAUGGCCCAGGAGCGGCAGAUGAUGAAGACCCUCCCUCACCUUCUCAAUGUCAAUGAGGACCCACAGCUCACCGGGGUCCUCAAGUUCUUCAUUCAGGCUGGCUCAUGUGAUGCUGGUCAAGCUGCUUCGAAUGCUAUCACUCUGCAAGGUCUGGGAAUUUCAGAUAAACACGCCUCCUUCACAAAUCUGGAUGGUAAAGUGACGGUUACUCCACACAGCAAAUGCAAGGUUGUCGUUAAUGGGGUGCCCAUCACCACCAAGACAAAGCUGCAGCAUUUGGACCGCCUCAUUUUGGGCUCCAACAGCGCCUACCUCUACAUUGGGCUUCCUUCAGAGCGUGGUGGCAGCGAGGACUGGGGCAGGUUCGACUACCACUUUUUCCAACUGGAGAGAGCAGCUGCGGAGGGAGUGAGCGUGGACAAGCUUGGUUCAGGGAGCAAUGGCGACGGCAAAGCAGACCCCAGCGUCCUGGCAGCAUUCCAAGACUACAUCAAACUCAUGCCACUGGUUGCAGAAGCAAAUCAAAUGAGUGAAGAGCUGAAGAAGGAACUUAAAAUGGAAUUGAAGGUGAAGAAUUUAGCAUCUUCAGAUUCCAGGGGAUAUGAUUUACAAAAAGAGGUCGUGGUGAAGGUGAUCAACCAAAGGACUCACGAGGUGUGGAUUUGGUCGAAAGCCAAGUUUAUCAAUAGGAAAUUCCUAAUGGAAGAACUUUACCAGCGUGUUCUAGAUGGAGAAGAGAGCCAUGUGGCUCAAGAAGACGACCCUUUCUGGGAUCCCGUUGAGGCUGUCUUCUUGGGCUCGGCUCACAUCUGGCUCCAGUCGCUUGCCUACUGCAUGAAGUUCGAGGAACAAGUGGAGUUUCUGAACUGUGAUGGGCUGGAAGAGGCAGUGUUGCAUAUCCGCGUUGCCCCCUGCUCCCCAGCAGGACGAGUACGCAGUGAAGAGGAUGUGGUUAUUGACCCUUUGGAGCUGCUGGGCAAGAGGAUCGAUUUCCAGAUUCGCAUUGUCCGGUGCCUUGGUGUCAAGUGGCUGAAGGAAGAUGCAAAACGAGGCAUUCAGAUAGGAUACAGAAUUUAUGACCUCCCACAUGCCUUAUAUACUAGGCCUGUAUGGAAGAUUAUGAAUCCGCAAAUUGAAGAGACUACCCAGUUUGCAGCCUUAAAUGCAUCUCAGGAGUUUCUGAAUUAUUUACAGACAAAUGCUCUCAUUGUUGACUUAUGGGGCCUUCAAGAAGGUUGUGCAGAGCUGAGCUGCCCACAGCUGGACUUCAUGGUCACAGGUGAAGGCCAUAUCAUGGUUGACACCAAGAAAAUUUCCACUGUGAAGGAUACAAGCCAGACUACAUCUAACCAGAUGUCAGAACUUUAUCUGAAAUUACUCAUGUUAGAGCAAGAGACAGAACUGCUCAGAAAUGUUAACAGAGCCCUAAGGAAGGAAAACGUGUUUCUCAAAGAAUCGAUUGAGAAAAUUGGUUCUGGUCAUCAAGGUGAGAGACUACUCAAGCCUUUCAAUACCCUGAAAAUAACUGGGAUGAUGGCACAACUGCCAUCAGCCAGAGAGAUUAAUCGAAUGUGCACUGAGCGAGCCAGUUGUGAUAGAGAAUUUGCCAAAGCUCUUAAGAUUUUCUACCAAAGCAUGAACACAGCGAGAGGGCAGUUUCUCAGACUGAGACAGCAUAAACCUCCAGAAGACGACCAAAUGCUUCGAUCAUUUGUAGAUCAACAGUCACAGAUGUUAAAGGACUUUGGGGACCUAUUUGAAUCCAGCUUGCGAAAAUUAAAAAAUGAUGUGGCUCUUAUUGUGAAAAAGAAAAGGGAGUAUUUACUGCAUAUCAAAUAGUGAGGAUACACCAACUGAAGAUAUUUCAGCUUUGAAUUAUGAAGAUUAUUGAUGUAGCUUAAUUAACCCAUUUCCCACUUACUCAACUAUUUCUUCUGCUGUUUUUAAAUAAAACUCCUCUCUUUCACUUUUAUUUUCAGUCAUGUAAAGUCAAUCUAUAUCCAGAUUAAGGUGAGAUGGGAGAUGUCUAAGGAAACACAGUUCUCUGAGCUCUGGACCAGACUGCCUAGGGUUAAAUUCAUCACUUCUCAAAUGUAUGAUUUCCAGCAACUGACAGGGAAGUAACAGCAUUUACUGCAAACAGUUUAUGAAUAUGAAGUACCCAGAACAGUGCCUGGCCUAC